AUGAUUAAGAACUUAAUAAAAAUAUAUUAUGGUCCAGGAUCUCGUAAAGGGAUCUCAGACAGUCCCUUGACCCUUCACGUGAAGAAAGCUGGUGUUCCUGAUUUGACCAUGGUUGAUCUUCCGGGGAUAACUCGAGUUCCGGUGAAAGGACAGCCAGAGAACAUCUAUGAGCAGAUCUCCGGGAUGAUCAUGAGCUACAUAGAGCCACAUGAAUCAAUCAUCCUUAACGUUCUGUCAGCAACGGUAGACUUCACCACUUGUGAAUCCAUUCGGAUGUCCAGGCAAGUUGACAAAACCGGUGAACGGACUCUGACUGUUGUCACAAAGGCAGACAUGGCUCCUGAAGGUCUCCUCCAGAAAGUGACCGCAGACGAUGUGAGUAUCGGACUAGGUUACGUCUGUGAGAGGAACCGUGUAGGUGAAGAAACAUAUAAAGAAGCAAGAGAGGAAGAAGACUUGCUUUUCAAGACUCAUCCAAUGCUCUCAAUGAUCGAUGAAAACAUUGUGGGCUUCCCUGUUCUUGCUCAUAAGCUAAUACAGAUCCAAACAACAAUGAUCGCUCGAUGCUUGCCUGAAAUCGUACGCAAGAUCAACCAGAAGAUGGAAACAGCUGACGUAGACCUGAAAAAGCUUCCAAUGGUAAUGGUUUCCACUGGGGAAGCGUUGAUGACGUUGAUGGACAUCAUUGGCUCAGCGAAAAAGUCUCUCUUAAGAAUCCUUAUACAAGGAGACUUCUCCGAGUUCCCAGAUAAUCAGAAGAUGCAUUGCACCGCACGCUUGGCUGAUAUGUUGAGCAAGUUCUCAGAUGACCUACAAGCAAACCCUAAGCAACCUACCGAGUUCUUGAUGAAUGAGAUCAAGGUUCUUGACGAAUGCAAAUGCGUUGGAUUGCCUAACUUCAUUCCGAGAUCAGCGUUCUUGGCGAUACUCUCACAACAUGUGGAUGAUAUUCAGGUGAAGCCAGUCGAGUUCAUCAAGAAGAUUUGGGACUACAUUGAAGUUGUUCUCUCAUCAGUCAUCACUAAAUACUCUGAAAACUUUCCACAGAUUCAGUCUUCCAUCAAACGAGUCGGGAGGAAUCUCAUGUGCAAGAUCAAGGAACAGUCAGUGGAUAGAGUGAUUCAGAUCGUUGAGAUGGAGAAGCUUACCGAUUACACGUGUAGCCCUGAGUACAUGAAGUCUUGGACGGAGAAGAUAGAAGAACAAAAAAGGUUCGUCGAUGCUGUUUUGUGCGAUGGGCAAAGACCUUCGAGCUUCUCUAUGAAUGGAUUUGCGAAUGUGAAGAUUUCGCAUUUGCGAGAGUAUCAGGCUCAUCUGCUGCAACAAGCGUUCGACAUGAAGAUGAGGAUUGUAUUGUACUGGAAGAUAGUCUUGCGUAGGAUUGUGGACAAUCUUGCGUUGUAUCUUCAGCUAUCUGUGAAGUAUCUUGUUAAUACUCAGUUUCAGAAGGAGAUUGUGGUGGAGAUGGUGGAUCCUGAAGGUGGUGGAGGAGUUGAGAAGUUGCUGGAGGAGUCUCCGUUGAUUGCAAGCAAGAGGGAGAAGUUGAAGAACAGUAUAAAGGUUUUGAAGGAGUCCAAGGAUGCUGUUGCCGCCAUUGUUGAUCAGAAUUAUGAGUAG